GCAGCAAACAGUCAGUCACCAUCUGUCAUGGCCACAGCUGCCUCCAGCCCCUACACUUUGCUCGGCUCCAGUCCCAUGAUUCACCCGGACAGUCAGGCCAUGCAGCCUGCAAGCCCCUACAGAGGACACCAGAAACUCCUGCACAGUGACUACCUGCAGAACGUCCAGAGCAACGGGCAUCCCCUCGGGCAUCAGUGGGCGAGCAAUCUAUCGGAUAGCAGCCCGUGGUCGGCCUCUAUGGAGCAGCAGGACGUCAAACCGGGAAGGGAAGACCUGCAGCUCGGCAUCAUCCAUCACCGCUCGCCGCACGUUGCUCAUCAUUCCCCGCACCACAACAACCAUGGCAACCACCCGGCGGCGUGGGGCACUCCGGUGUCCCACAACUCGUCCAUCAGCAGCGGGCAACAGAUUAACAUCUAUUCGCAGACGGGCUUCACUGUCAACGGCAUGCUGGAGCACGGCGGGCUCACUCCUCCGCCCAACCCGCAGGGCCAAGGCAUGCACCCAGGCCUCAGGGACACGCUCAGCCCCGAGCACAGCGACUUGAGUGGCCACCACUGCCACGACCACUCCGAUGAAGAGACGCCGACUUCGGACGAGCUGGAGCAUUUUGCCAAACAGUUCAAGCAGCGGAGGAUCAAGCUGGGCUUCACGCAGGCCGACGUGGGAUUGGCUCUGGGCACUCUCUACGGUAAUGUCUUUUCCCAAACGACCAUCUGCAGGUUCGAGGCUCUGCAGCUGAGCUUUAAAAACAUGUGCAAACUCAAGCCGCUGCUGAACAAGUGGUUGGAAGAGGCAGACUCAUCCACAGGCAGCUCGAGCAGUAUAGACAAGAUAGCAGCUCAGGGGAGGAAGAGGAAGAAGAGGACUUCCAUCGAGGUCAGCGUGAAGGGGGUCCUGGAGACGCACUUUCUCAAGUGCCCCAAACCCUCCGCGCAGGAAAUCACGUCGUUGGCAGACACGCUGCAGCUGGAGAAAGAGGUGGUCCGCGUGUGGUUCUGCAACCGGAGGCAGAAAGAGAAGCGCAUGACACCGCCUGGGGAGCCGCCGCCACCCCACGAGGGGCCCUAUUCCCACGGCGGGAGCGCGGGGGACGCGUCCUCUUGCCACGACCUCUGA